AUGUUGAUACUACGGAAUACGCAACCUUGCAAUAUUGGCCGAUGCCUCCUCCUACCCUCUGAUCCAUUUCUUCCCUCUAUCCUACGGCCACCAUCCCUCCACCUCCAAAUAUCUCUAUCUCCAUCACCAAAACCCCCCCCUGCUCUACAUAUAUCCCAUACCCAAAUUACCCCAUACCUCACUACCACAAUUUCCCUUCUUUCCCUCCCACACACAUUGGCCAUGGCAGCAGCCGCCGCCGCCGCCUCCUCCUUCAUCGGCACUCGUCUCCCCGAGGUCCGUUCCGGGUCGGGUCGCGUCCAGGCCAGGUUUGGAUUCGGUACCAAGAAAUCUCCUCCCAAGAAAGCCGCACCGAAGCCGACUUCCGACCGCCCAUUAUGGUUUCCAGGAGCCAAGGCCCCCGACUAUCUGGACGGAUCCCUCGUUGGAGACUACGGGUUUGACCCAUUUGGGUUGGGGAAGCCCGUUGAGUAUUUGCAGUUCGACUUGGACUCGCUGGACCAGAACCUGGCGAAGAACUUGGCCGGGGAUAUCAUCGGAACCAGGACCGAGAGCAGCGACGUGAAAUCGACUCCAUUCCAGCCUUACAGUGAAGUGUUUGGGCUGCAGAGGUUCAGAGAAUGCGAGCUCAUCCAUGGCAGAUGGGCAAUGCUCGCUACUCUUGGUGCGUUGUCGGUUGAAUGGCUCACCGGCGUCACCUGGCAGGAUGCUGGAAAGGUUGAACUGGUGGAGGGAUCAUCAUAUCUUGGGCAACCACUCCCAUUUUCCAUUAGCACAUUGAUCUGGAUCGAGGUGCUAGUGAUCGGGUACAUAGAGUUCCAGAGGAACGCAGAACUUGACCCGGAGAAGAGGAUCUACCCAGGUGGAUCAUACUUCGAUCCGUUGGGACUGGCAGCGGACCCUGAAAAGAAGGCGAGACUUCAGUUGGCAGAGAUAAAGCACGCACGGCUGGCGAUGGUGGCGUUCUUGGGGUUUGCAGUGCAGGCAGCGGCCACCGGAAAAGGGCCACUGAACAACUGGGCAACCCACUUGAGCGACCCGCUGCACACAACCAUUUUGGACACCUUCGGCCUUUUCUCUUAAGCAUUUUGUGAUGUUAGUUGGGAGAGAAGGAGGCGGUGCUGGUGCUGGCAGCGCCUAAUGUAUAAGAGAUGAAUAUGGGAGUCAGUCAGGAGUGUGUCUUCUCUCUCAUCCUCUUGUAAAAAUUGUAAUACUAUCUAUUAUUAUUCCACAUUGUUAAUUCAGAGGAAUGCUACAUCAUCAUCAUC